AUGUCAUUGAGCCGCGCCGUGGAGGCGAAGCUAGGGAAGCUUCCCCAUUUCGUGAUAUACGCCGUGCUCGAAUGGGUCGUAAUCCUCUUGCUCUUCGUCGAUGGAUUUCUAGCCUUUAUCUGCAACGAAUUCGCGCGUCUCUUCGAUUUGCCAACCCCUUGCUUGCUAUGCACUCGGAUCGACCACAUGCUCGUCCAUCGGACACCAAAUUUUUACUACAACAACUCCAUUUGCGACGAUCACAAAAAGGACCUCUCCUCGCUCGCCUAUUGCAACCUCCACCGCCACCUAUCCGACAUCCGGACAAUGUGCCACGGAUGUCUCAUCUCGUUCCCAAAUUUCGACAAGUACACAUCCCUCGUCGGCACUUCUAGGAUCAACUUCAAGAAAGAGCGCAAUUUCUUCGUCGAGGAUGAUAGGAAAUUCGUCGUGCACAAAGACGACGCGGAGAUUGCGCCCGGAAACAACAAAGGGGCUAUUGCAGUCAUCCGGUGCUCGUGUUGUAGGGAGCCGUUGAAGCCUAAAUCGGCGUCUUCCAAGCAUAAAAGGAGUUUCUCCACCAACGCGCCGGCCUCGUCGCCUAGAGCAUUAUCGUCGUUGUCGUUGGGUAGGAAUGACGACGAAGGGAAUGUGGAUUUGCCGCCUUUCCGGUACACGGAGCUCAAGUUAGUAGCGGAUAGCGAGUUAGAGCUUCCGGAGGAUGAAGAUGCUUCGCGCGCCGAUACUCGGGGUAAAAGUGACGUGAAAACCGCUCCGGUGGCACUGUUACCGGACUCGGAGGACAUAAGCGAUUUCACGGCAAGAACCCCGUCGACGAGGAUCAACAAGUUCUUCGGAAUCCCACUCUCCGAUUCGGCACAAAUGAGUCCUCGAUGGGCCGGUAGGAACAACAAGAGACAAUCGUUCGAAAGAUUAGACUUGAUCAUGGAGGCAAACGACGCGCGCGACGCAGCUGCAGACGGCGACAUUCUUACACUCCUGAAACGCCAAAUCCGUUUGGACCGCAAAGCGCUGUCAGCUCUCCAAAUGGAAUUGGACGAGGAACGGAGCGCGUCGGCAGUCGCAGCGAACAACGCGAUGGCUAUGAUCUCGCGGCUGCAGGCUGAGAAGGCGGCUGUCCAGAUGGAGGCUCUGCAAUAUCAGAGGAUGUCCGAAGAGCAGGCGGAGUACGAUCAAGAAGCUCUGGAGAUGAUGAAGGAGAUUCUUUUCAAGAGGGAAGAAGAGAUUAAAGCAUUGGAGUCAGAGCUCGAGAUGUAUCGAGAAAAUUACGGGCAUUCGAAGAGAUUAAUCGUCGGCGAGAUUUGCGACGAAGUCGACACCGACAAUUAUCAAGACAAUAUUAAAUCACCGACGUUUUCGACGUUAAGCGAUAAGUCCGAAGAUCGUAACGAACAUGAACGCGAGCAUAAACACGAGCGCGAACCAGAGAGGACAUUUGAUCGUUUUGAUCAAAAGAUCAUAAAUGCGCCUUCAAGUGAAAGCUCGGAACCCGCCAAGGUCGUCGUCGAGAAUCAAAAUUGCGCGUCGACGGACGAGGAUGAAGGAAGCGGAAGCCUUGCUAAAGAAGUGUCGAUGAUUAGCGAGCGAUUAAGAGCUCAACAUAAUCUUCGGAAGAUUCGAAACAACAACGUUGAAUCUCCUUCCCAUAGUUGA